UAAAAAAGUGCGCUACAGGGAAGGGUUGUUUGUGAGUAUGAUAUUGUCGUUAUUAAUAAUGGCUUGGUACAAUCUAGAAUUCUCAGCACAAGCUUCCUCUAUACUGACGUUCUAACUGAAAGGUGUCAGAAUUUUCCCUUUACGUAACUGCAAUCUGUUGUUUCCACAAAUGCGAUUAAAAUCAGUUUCUACACAAUUAUAUCGCUAUUACACAUCUAGUUUUUGGAAAUUCUCCAACUAUCCUAGUAGAUGUUUGUAUACAUAUCCGUCAAGUACUCGCAGAGUCCUUUGGACGUUGAACACAAUCCAGCCUAAAAUCUUUUGUUGUUCAGACACUGUAACUAAUCCACAAUCAACACUGCCAGCUGCUGUCACAUCAGAUAACUCUGAAUUGUCAGAUGUUCAAGAUGAAAUUAAAGGAAAGAUGUACAUUGAAUUCACAUGCAAGAAGUGCGCUACUCGGUCAAGUAAAUAUUUUUCUAAGUUGGCUUAUGAAAAAGGCAUAGUUAUUAUUCGUUGUGACGGGUGCCAGAGUCUGCAUCUAAUUGCUGAUAACCUGGGAUGGAUUAAAGACAAACAUUGGAAAUUAGAGGAUUGCGUAAAGGUUAAUAAAAAAACAGUAUGUAUAGCUUAAAUGGACAUUUUAAGACAGAAACCACUGUGAUCAAGUUGAUUAAGCUUUACUUAUGUACAUCUGUAAGAACACACCAUCCAACAAGAUCAGUCUCCUCAGUCAAUGUAUCUUGAACUCAUGUUUACAUUGUACAGUGUAAAUAGAAUAAUAAUAAAAUCCCUGAAGUUUUGCUGAUUCUGAGCCAUAUCA